AACACUCCUGUUGCACGAGAGCCUGGUGUUUUUCCACUCUCUCCGUUAUUGCAUGCGCUCGCAUAUAAGACAGAAGUCAGGGGGAGAGGGCGUAAAGAUUAUUUUCCUCGCUUUGUAGCCUCAUCACAAGAAGACAAAAGAACAAGAGAGUGACUUGAGUAAUAAAUUGCAUUGUCAGUAUGGCACAGAAGGAAAAGUUGCAGUGUCUCAAAGAUUUCCAUAAGGACACGCUGAAGCCGUCUCCUGGUAAGAGUCCCGGCACGCGUCCUGAAGACGAGGCCGAGGGUAAAGCACCACAGCGGGAGAAAUGGGCCAGCAAGCUGGAUUUCGUGCUCUCUGUGGCCGGAGGUUUCGUCGGUUUAGGCAACGUUUGGCGUUUCCCGUACCUCUGCUACAAGAAUGGCGGAGGUGCAUUUCUCAUCCCUUACUUCAUAUUUCUGUUUGGCGGAGGUUUGCCCGUCUUCUUUCUGGAGGUGGCCCUGGGCCAGUUCACCUCUGAGGGAGGAAUCACCUGCUGGGGGAAACUCUGCCCCAUUUUCACCGGAAUCGGCUACGCUUCAAUCGUGAUCGUGUCUCUGCUGAACAUCUACUACAUCGUGAUCCUGGCGUGGGGUCUGUAUUACCUGCUGCAGUGUUUCCAGCACGAGCUGCCCUGGGCCCGCUGUAGACACAGCUGGAACACCGCCAGCUGCGUGGAGGACACCAUCCGCAAGAACAAAAGCCUCUGGCUCUCCGCCAACGUCACCAGCCUCACCAACCUCACCUCGCCGGUCACCGAAUUCUGGGAACGGAACGUCCUCAGCAUCUCUUCGGGGAUCGACGAGGUCGGCGGUCUGAAGUGGGAUCUGGCGCUGUGCCUGCUGGCCGUCUGGAUCAUCUGCUUCUUCUGCAUCUGGAAAGGAGUCAAAUCCACUGGCAAGGUGGUUUAUUUCACAGCGACGUUCCCUUUCCUCAUGCUGAUUGUGCUGCUGGUUCGCGGUGUGACUCUGCCUGGCGCUGCCGAGGGCAUCAAGUUUUACCUUUACCCCAAUCUGACCCGCCUAAAAGACCCCGAGGUGUGGAUUGAUGCAGGAACUCAGAUCUUUUUCUCAUAUGCUAUUUGUCUUGGUGCGAUGACAUCACUGGGAAGCUACAACAAGUACAAGUAUAACUGUUACAGGGACUGCUUGCUGCUGGGAUGCCUGAACAGCGGUACCAGUUUCGUGUCAGGCUUUGCCAUCUUCUCCGUCCUGGGGUUCAUGGCACAGGAGCAGGGCGUGGCCAUUGCCGAUGUGGCCGAGUCAGGUCCCGGUCUGGCCUUCAUCGCGUAUCCAAAGGCCGUCACAAUGAUGCCCCUGCCGACGGUCUGGGCCAUACUUUUCUUCAUAAUGCUUCUGCUGCUGGGCCUAGACAGUCAGUUUGUAGAAGUGGAGGGUCAGAUCACCUCUCUGGUGGACCUGUACCCAUCCCUCCUAAGGAAGGGAUACCGGAGAGAAAUCUUCAUCGCUGUGAUCUGUGUCAUCAGUUACCUGCUGGGACUCACCAUGGUCACUAAAGGUGGCAUGUACGUCUUCCAGCUGUUUGACUACUACGCCGCCAGCGGUGUGUGCCUUCUCUGGGUUGCAUUCUUUGAAUGUGUUGCAGUAGCCUGGGUUUACGGGGCUGAUAAUUUCUACGAUGCUAUAGAGGACAUGAUCGGCUACAGACCCAACGGCUGGAUGAAAUGGAGCUGGAUGCUGAUCACUCCCGUCCUUUGUGUGGGUUGUUUUGUCUUUUCUUUGGUGAAAUACAAGCCGCUCACCUAUAACAAGUUUUACGAGUAUCCUGAUUGGUCCAUUGGAUUGGGUUGGGCUCUUGCGCUGACUUCUAUGAUUUGCAUCCCGAUGAUGGUCGUCAUCAAAAUCAUCCAAUCAGACGGCUCCCUGAUAGAGCGGAUCAAAGCCGUGGCUGCUCCAGUUAAAGGAGGCGCGAGCUCUCGCCCGAAAGAGUACAGCCUGAAGAACAGCGAGCUGCUUCACCCGCUGGACCCCAACGGCAUCCACGGCUUCACCAAACACAGCCACACCAUCGUAGAGACUACUAUGUGAGGCUCUCUAAGAGAGAUUCCCAUAUUCUCCCGCUCCUGUCCUCUCCUAUGGGAGAUCCCAUUUUUCCUGUUGUCCCACUCCCUUCCCCUCCAUUCCUCUCUCUCGCUCUGCACUAGUGUGUUUUUAUGAAAUUAUCUUAUAUCGAUAUAUCUUUUUUGCCAUGUAGGAUUUGUAUUCUGAUUGUAAUCAAUGGUAUUAGCAUUAAUGCUGAUAUUGUAAUAACCUGAUGUGAGCUUUAGCCGUCUGGGGCGGUUUGUUUAAUCUGUAGUGCACUGUUUCACAUUAAACCACGUCCUAACCAGGAACAACACAGGAUUUACUGCUCAUUGCAUUAUGAUUUCUUUAAUAUCAAUCAGAGUUUUGAUCCCAAACAACCACAAUGAGACAUUUUGCUUUCUAUAUUUAGUACUGUCACUCUGAAUAGCCCAGCCUACAGUAAUAUAAUAAUACACAGAAUUUUUUUUUUAUCAUCUGAAAUGUUCUCUUAUUUUAAUAAAAUGUUAUUUUUAAUAUUAUUUUAAGUGAAUGUAGACUUUUCUACGUCCCUUCAACAACAAAUAAAAUAAUAUUUAAAAAGACUUUCUUUAGAAAAAGGUAAUAUGUAUUACCUUUAUUAUUAUAUAUAUAUAUAUAUAUAUUAUUAUAAUUUAUUCCGAUUUUAAUUAUUUGAUAUGGUAUACAUAGAUACCCUUUUUGCCAAAAAAAAAAAAAUAAAUAAAUAAAAAAGAUGAAUCUAUAACAACAUUUUUAGGUUUAAAAUAUCAUCAAAAAUGUCAGUUCUGGGCCACACCAAAAAUAAACAUCAUCAUCAUAAAAAAACAACAACAACACAUCAUUGCUUUAUUUUUAUAAUAUUCUUCAAUACCACUUCACUCACUCAAAUAAAUGAAUGCAAUGAAAUCUGACUGGUCCAAAAUCCUGCUUCACAUUGAUUUAAAUACAUAAAUCAUUGAUUAUAUUCUGAUUUAAUCGCUUUGCAUGGCAUUUUACUUUCCGUGAGGACUUUUACUGUGUCGCACCUGGUUAGGACGCAAUUCAUCAGCAGAGAGAGUGAGUUUUAGCUUCAUUUUUAGAAAAAGACUUACUGUAAAACAGCAACGAACUAAAUGUGACAUAAGCUACAUUAUGGCGUCCGUCAGUAGUUGUGGCAGUAACUCUCGUUUCGAUGAGGUUCUUAAAUGUUCUUUGUCUUGAAGAAAAAUGAAUGUACCUCCGCUUUGAGCGGAAGCUGUGCACAGACAUGCACAAACAUGUAAGACAUAAGCAAACCUUAACGCUCUGUCCUUUCGUCUCUCCUUGAACCAUAGCGAUCACUGCCAUCGUACACAUCGAGCCACUGAGUUCCUCUAACACUGUAGGCAGCUGUGUUCACUAAUAUAAGUAUCAUCUGAUGCACUAUUAGAAGCGUCAUUUACUGUAAGAUGAUCCGAGAGCUGAUGAUUAUCAACACCAUGCAGGGCUGUUUGGCAGCACUUUAUUAGCUGUUCAUGUACAGCGGCAUCUGAAAGGUCUGAGAAUGCUUAUAUAUAACUGUUCAACUUCUGCUUUUUUCAAGAAAAUAAAUGUAUCAAUCAUAUUUUAAUUCAUUUGGUCUUUAAAACUGCAUAUAUAUUGCAUGUAUAUUCAUUUUUUGGAUUGUUUUCAUUACUGAUUAUACUAUCAGCUUUAAAAAAUCUAACAUGAACAAAAACUUGUGCUUCGAUGGAGCGUCUGUACAAAGAGUCAUAUGAUCAAUGCUACUAAUUCACUUCAAUUAGUGAACUAGAUUUUUUUUUUCUUUUUGUCAAAAUUUGAUUUUGAUUCCCAAGCAUUUCAGACGUUUGGAGGCCGCUGUAUAUCACAUGAUUCAGCACAGCCAGACUUGCUCACAAUCAUCAAAACAUCAGCUUUCAGAACAAAUGCAGGAAACCCAGGCUUUAUGUCUUGCACAGAGACACUGCCAUUCCCCUCUCUGGCCUAAAAAUGAGAUUGUGCAAUUGUCUCUUUAACCUUAAAACCUCCAAAUAUUCAAGCUAAUCACCAACAGCUUAGAACUGCCCCUCAUAAUACCUCUUUGUCCUUUCCCUUCGACCACCCAUCCUCCAUAAAUACCAUCCCCUGUGACCCCAGCGUCUUUGUACACAUCAGCUCAUCCGACCUGACCUAUGACCCCUGAACCCUUCUAGAUUUAGCUGGACCCUCUCAACUAUUUCCAUCAAUCUUGAGCUAACUGUUCACUAAGUAAGUGUUUGCUCAUUUGUAGUAUUUUCCUUUAUCUCAAAUUUGCCUUUUUGUAUUUAACCAUUUUAUACUGUACCUGAUGUGAUUGGUCAUUUGCCUAUAUUUUUUCUGAAUGUAUUCAGACAUUUAUAUUUAAACGUUGAUUAGUCGUCAGCCGAAAUGCAACUUGCAGUGUGCAAUAUUUGUAAACAACUGGCUCUGUCCAUUUUUUAUUAUAAGUUCAGCUGGAAAGUACUGUAUUAUGACGAAAACACGAAAUUCAAGAUACAAUUUUUCAUUCACAUUUUUGCUGUAUUGUAAGGUAACUUGAUUAAACAAAAACAAAAAUCUUGUAAAACCAAAGUAGUUUUGUGACAGAGACCAUUCUAGAUGCAUAUUGCAUCUUUCAAAUUAAAUAAAAAUGUCCAAUCUU